AUGACGAUCACGUCGUCUCCUUCCCACGACACAUCAACUACCACCAACGCCACUGGUAUUGUCAUCGGCCAUCAACAACAUCAUAACUCGCCGUCUGCUUUUGCUGCCAAUAAUUGCAUCCGUCAAGAAAACAUGCAAGCACAGGAAGAUUCUUCGGUUCAAAUUACAUGGUCACCUUCCAUGUUAAGUACUGAGAACCCAUCGCUUCCUCCUUUCCUUUCAUCAUCGACAUCUCUCCCCACACGCAGCACUAUUAACAAUAACGAAAACGGCAAUACGGGAAAAUCUACAGUAUUAGGAGCAACAUUGAAUGCAGGACGUAGCAAUAAUAGCAUCUCAAAUACGCAGGAUGUCUUUCGCUUUUUAUCGGUGAACAAUGUGUCUCCCAGGAACACACCAACUCCACCCCUUUCAUCUUCAUCCAACACGAAUGAUGGUCGUAGCAACAAUAGCAGCACAAGCCAUCAUAACAACAAUGCCGAAUUGCAUGACUACAGCAGCCCGUUUGAUGUGAUUUAUUCAUCAAUCGACGCGAAUGAGGGGGCCAAUUCUCAAUCUACACCAUCAUCAUCCCUUGCCCCUUGGGAAUCGACACAGCCACAAACACCUAUUGUACGUGGUAAUGAUGAUAAUCAUCAUCGUCACCGAGAAAGCAAUAACAACCUAUACAAUCGUUCUCAGCAAAUGCACAAUGCUGAAUUGCCAUAUAGUGGGUUUGCUCGACAAGAUCAUAUAGCCGAUAGUAACUCUGCUGGUGGUCAUGACAACGGUAGCCCCGUAGUGGUUACAUCAGCACCUUGGUUACAGCCUUCUUUGUGGACGAAUGAUAGCAAUGAAAACAACCAACCUUAUUCCUCAUCCACUGAUUCUCAUCUAAGUACAACACGGCAGCAUCAAGAUAAUACGUUUACCCUUGAUCUCCUUGAUGGGCCAUUGUCGAGCCUUGUGUCAUCACCAAAAAAGCAAGAUGCAUCAUCGUAUCCUCCACGGCAGCGUACACCUAGCUACAACGAGUUAACUUCGGAAUCCAUUCAGCAUCAUCAUACGCCUACAACAGCAACAACAUCCUCACCUUCAACAGCUAUGACAUCUUUUCGGCCACAUUCAAACAAGAGCCUUUUAUUUCAAUCCCGCAAUCGAUCACCUGUCUUUGACAAUUCUACUGCAUCUGCAACCACGAGCCUAUUCCAACAAAACUUUCUCAGCAAAGGAGCCACACCUCAUAGCAAUAAUAGUAACCAUGCCAACAACACGAACUCAAGCAACGUCGCCUAUAUGGAACCACCCUUGACUACGAGUGGUAAACUUGGCUUAAGCACUGCCAAAUACUUACAGAAUGCAGCUGUGGCAACGUGGCUACGUCCCCACGUGCAAAGCUACCUAUUAUCUCCCGAUCCAGCCGCCAUGGGAGAAAGAACGGUAGUCAUUCUUACCGGCAAAGUCGCACAAAAAAGCUAUGGUAGCGAGAAAAGAUUCCUUUGUCCUCCACCAACGGUCAUUUUUGAUGGUGCAUCAUGGUGGUGUCAAACCACGCCUCCUAAACUCCAAGUGUCUAUGUCGGGUGAAACGUCCGAAGUCCAAGAAGGACAAGUGGACUGGUUUUCAGUAUCAGGUACCGUUGUGGGGCAAACGGGUUUUCGCACCAAUACCGGCAGCGGUGGCAGUAGCGGACGCAUGAAAAGCAUUGACAAAAGCAACUCAACGAUCCGUGAUUGGUAUCGUAUUCCAAACAACGACCCACUUGCUGGUGGAAAAUGUGUGCUUCGACAACUCUACAUUAAUGAUGCUGAUGAAAAACGAAAGCGUGUUGAAUGUGUUGCUCGUAUCCAGUUUGGCGACGGCACACCUUGUGGGACGAUUUCAAGCAAACCAAUCAAAGUCAUCAGCAAGCCAAGCAAGAAACGAUCCAAUGUGAAGAACACAGAGGCAUGCAUUCACCAUGGCAGCACGGUGUCAUUGUUCAAUCGUAUUCGAUCUCAGACAGUGUCCACAAAGUACCUUGGUGUAUCAUCAUCCACAGCAGCACAACCUUUUAUGUAUCCAGGGCAAUCGAACAAGGCCGGGCAACAAGGUAGCCAUGGCAACGGCACAACAAACACACCAACAGCGAGUAGCUCCGAUGGCACAUGCUUCAUUGCAAGAACAGCAAGCUGGGAUCCCUUUGUUAUUUGGACCGUGGAUACCAAUUGGGUAACAUCAACAGAGCAAGUGCAAGCUGAUGUGGAUGAAUACAUUGGCCCAAGCUGUGCCCAAUCCUUACGUAACGAUGUGCCAUAUCCACCACCACCUGCUAUUGCAGCGAAGAACAAAACAGGUCAACCCCUUGCCGUUCACUACAAUCAGCACAUCGUGUUACAAUGCCUUACAACAGGUUUAGUGAGCCCUGUCAUGAUCAUACGUAAAGUUGAUCGCGCUGCAACAGUUGUUGGCGGUGCCAAUACUGACAACUAUCCACAUGCGGCUGAUGAUCCACAACAUGGAGGUGGAGGAGAAUACGGUGAUGAAAUUCUUGGUGAUCCUGUAUCACAAUUACACAAGGUUGCAUUACAAAUAGUACAAGAUCCUGCAUCACGUCCACACCAUAAUCCUUCAACGCAUCAAUACAAUGGCAGCAUGCUUCCACGCACAUCCAAUAAUGGCCCAGCAACCUACCUUGCUUGUCUCAAUGACAUGGUUGGCAUGCAUCGCUCCGUGCACGAACGCAAACCCAUUCGCCCCGUUUUUCAUCACGACAAUAACAACAACAACAACAACAAUGACGACCCACGUGCUAUUACUCGUCGGCGUAUUGCAUCCACUGGUAGCGCAUCAAGCUUUUAUUAUGGGAUGAUGCAUCAACAACAACAACGCCCUGUUGAUCCACUACCAUCGUUACCUGAAGCCUCUAUGAUGCAACACCACCCCCAUCAACAACCCAUGUUGGCAAGUAAACGAAGCCGAUCAGUAUCGAUUGCCGAUGAUUAUUACAGCGAUCGACAAAGUAUGCAAAGCACUUUGACCCCAUCGUGGUCUGAGUUAGGAGCAUAUUGGUACGAGGAAGUUUCUGAUUCAGCAGUGUGGAGCAUCGUUGGAACAGAAUAUGCAAGAUAUACCCUAUGGGAGCCCUCCUCUAUGGAAAAUGACUUAGGCGACAUGAACUAUCGACCUGCCUCUACAUCCAUGAUCCCCAAUCUUCUUGGCUACUCGCGAUCCAAAGCUCCAGCCGAUAAUACAGAUCCACAAGCUGUAUUUUUGAGCAUUCAUGGUGAAUACUUUACACGUGAAUUGGAUGUAUGGUUUGGUGACAUACGUUCUCCAAGAUCUGAAUAUCGUGGUCGGGAAUUGAUAUUAUGCCAAGUGCCUUCUCAUGGAGAGCUUACCCAUGCUAUUGGGGCACAAUGGAAAGCUGAUGGUGCCUGCAGUGUCCCGCUUUUGCUGGUCAGGAGCGACGGCAAGGCCGUAUAUAAAACCAACAAACAUUAUACAUUUUGUUAA